GGAGAAUGCUAAAAGGAAACAGAAAAAGCCAUCUUCUUCUACUUUUCGUCAGUCGAUCGUCCAGCACCAGCACAGAGAGUCGGAAUUGAAGCAUUUUUGGGAUCGACAAAGAAGCAUCCCCCGGUAUCGAUUGGACCGGUUAAUUUUUGCAAAGUCUCGACUUUGGCGUAAAAGUGACCUCGAAGCAGCUGAGUAAUUCCACUGCUAGUGACCACCGCCAGCCAUGUCCGGAACGAUUCUGGAAAAUCUCAGCGGCAAGAAGCUGAGCAUUCUGGUUUCCUGUCUGCUGUUUCUGCAAUUUCUUUGCUUCCUGUUGGGUGGUCUCAUAGCUCCCGUCCCAUCAAGCGUUCAAACCAUCCUGGCCACCAUCUGCAAGGACGUACCCGGUUCGCACAAUGACACCUCAAUCUGGCUGUACUCCCGAGGUGAGGAACGCUGUCAAAGUUUGGAACACCUGGACAUCGAGAACCACGAUCUGAAAAUGGCCAACCAGAUUGUGUUCGUGUUCCAGAUGCCACUGCCCCGGGAAGGCCGCCAGCUGGACUACUCACGAUGGCAGCAGAACCUUAUUGGGGUCCUCCAGGCGGACAUUGCCUACGACAAGAACAUCCUGCUGAAACCGCACUCCACGAUGACCAUUGAUGCACGCUUGGCCUAUCGCAACAAGGGUGACCCUGACCACGAUUGGAAAUAUCUUGCUUCUUCGCUGGAACGGCGCGAUCUGGAUUGUAUGGCGGAUAAUGUCACGGAUGAAUAUCUGUACAAUUGUAACGCCAUUCCGUUAUUCGAACUUGGCUCUCUGCAUCACGACUACUAUCUAUUGAAUGUUCGCCUCCCGGUCGAUAGCGAUUUGAAGAUGAAUUUGGAUAUCGGCCACAUUCAGGACUUGCAACUGUCGGUUAUCUACCAGAACGGCGGCUUCACAAAGGUAUGGGUUUCACUGAAAACCAUUUUCCUACCGUUCAUAAUCAUCAUUAUGGCCUGGUUCUGGCAACGAGUUCACUUACUGCAACGGAAACCGGCUCUACUGGAGUACAUGCUGCUGGCCUUGGGCUGUGCUCUAACAUUCCUGAAUCUCCCACUGGAAUACCUUACCUUGAUCUUCGAUAUGCCGUUCAUGCUCUUGUUGAGCGAUAUCCGCCAGGGAGUAUUCUACGCUUGCCUUUUAUCAUUCUGGCUAGUGUUUGCCGGAGAGCACAUGCUUAUCCAGGAGACCGGCGAAAAGUCGUCACUCAAAACCUACUGGAAGCACCUGGGCGCUGUUGCGGUCGGCUGUGUAUCGUUGUUCUUGUUCGACAUGUGCGAGCGAGGAGUUCAGCUAAGGAAUCCGUUCUACUCGAUUUGGGUUUCGAAGAUUGGAUCAGGCUUUGCUCUUGGAUUCAUCAUUCUGGCAGGAAUAUCGGCGGGCCUCUACUUCCUCUUCCUGUGCUACAUGGUUUGGAGAGUUUUCUGCAACAUCAAUCUGAAGCGGACUUCGCUUCCCUCGAUGUCGUCGGCCCGUAGGUUACACUACGAGGGCAUAAUCUAUCGUUUCCAGUUUCUGAUGUUGGCUACCCUGCUGUGUGCAGCCCUCACCGUGAUUGGUUUCAUCAUUGGCCAGGUAUCGGAAGGCCGAUGGAAGUGGGACGAAAAUAUCGAUCUGGAAUUCACCUCGGCCUUCUUCACCGGAGUUUACGGAAUGUGGAACAUCUACAUCUUUGCGUUGAUCGUCCUGUACGCUCCAAGUCAUAAGAAAUGGCCGGUCAACGAAACUACCGAACACAUCAUUAGCGAGGAGAUCGAGUUCAGUAAUCUACCAUCUGAUUCGAAUCCCAGCGAGAUUUCUUCCUUGACGCAGUUUGCGCGUAAAGCUGCAUUGGACUAAGCUUGUGCAGCGGUGAUGCUCUUCUACAUUUUCAAAAUUAAUCGAUACUUACACGAUUGAACGAAUUUUAAGUAUUUAUGCGUAUUUUCUCGAGGAUAGUUAUUCUAUUAGAUUGAUUCUCAAAACUGACAAUUUACUAAUUAUCGUGAUCAACUGUAAUAGUAGCUUGUAAGAUUGUAACUUUCGCGUUUUUCGUGAACACGUGGGUCACACAUAAAAAGAGUACACCAUAGGACUUGAAUCGAAACAAUUAUUACUGCAACAUCUCACGAUACACAGUGCUUUUGCCAAACUUGGUACCAGAUUCAUUUGAUGGUGUACUCUUAAUGUGUGAACAAUUCAGUAUUAUAUUGGUGUCAUAAUUGUAAGUGAGUGUUCUUUUUAUGAGAAAGUGAAAUCGCAUUAGAAAUAAGUAUCAAAUUAACAUUCAAUAAUCUUUUGAAUACAAUAAUUUUGUCCGAACAAA